AUGAAGGGGACACUUUCUCUCAACAUGGUAACUGCUGCAACCACAAUGGGCUCAGUGAAAACAGCUGGACUGUCUCUCCUUCUGUUGUCUUUUUGUCUUUACAUAGCUGAUUCUUACCCCAACAUUGACUCAUCAAACAUGGGCUGUGAGGAAUGCACGCUGAGAAAGAACAGUCUUUUCCCCAACGUCUACCAGUGCAUGGGCUGCUGCUUCUCCAGAGCGUACCCGACACCCCUCAAGGCCAUGAAGACUAUGAACAACCCAAAGAACAUCACGUCCGAGGCAACGUGCUGUGUGGCAAAGCACAGCUACAAGACAGAGGUGGCCGGCAUAAUAGUGAAAAACCACACAGACUGCCACUGCAGCACCUGCUAUUUUCACAAGAUAUGACCGAUGAGAACUGGAAACCAUUCUGCAGCGCUCAGCGUGGCAACAAGUUGUGUUGCUUUUAAUAUGCACAAGCUCUUCUCUGUUUUAAUAUGUAUGUUCUUGAGUUGGCAGAUAAUAUUUUUUGUAGAAAUUCUGUGUCUGUGAUGUGUAAUUAGCUUAUUUUGUGUAUGAUUAACUGUAGAUUGAAAAGCAAUUAAAAUAUGCAUAUAUAUUGCA